UUCCCUUGUCGAUCUUCAUCUUCCUGUAUAGACGCAAGCAAACAUGUCGGUGGUGUGUUAACACCGGCGUGCCUUGUAAAAUCAGUUUUUGGUUUGAAAGCUCGUUGUUUAGUUUUUGCUUCAUCCACUAGCAGUUAAAAUGGUGCAAGAAUACCAGUCGCCUGUAAGGGUUUAUAAGUACCCUUUUGAGAUAGUCAUGGCGGCUUACGAAAAGCGUUUUCCUACUUGCAAAAUGAUUCCAGUGUUUCUUGGCAGCGAUAUUUUGUCAGAGUAUAAGAGCGAAGACGGUGCGGUACACAACAUCGAAAGGAGAUGCAAACUCGAUGUAGAUGCUCCGUAUCUAUUGAAGAAAAUUAUUGGCGUGGAGUAUGUGUAUUUCAAUCAAACAAACUGUCUCGAUCGGCGCGAGAGGACUUUGACAAUCACUGCUUUCAACGAGAGCUUCUCGUCUCGUGUUUCUGUCACAGAACAUUGCUUCUAUUCGGGAAAAGAAGUGAUUCAGUACUACAUUGAUGAGUUGAUUAGUGAAGGGGUGACAUAUCUGGCUCCCUUUGAGAAUUCUCGUGGACGCCCGAGAACAAAGAGUGCAGAAGCUGUAAGUAGUGAAGACCAAACAGAGGAGGAUGGUAAUGCCCUUCCUAUUGCAAGCUCUGCAAUAGAAGCUUCUGAUGUGGUACCACUUGCCUCCAGACCAGACUACAAGCUUGAUGAUGACUACAUUCAGAGGUUCCUUGGAAAACUUAGUCCCAAGGAAGAGAACCAACUUAUUCAGCUGCGCAAGAAACUCAGUGCUACACAUCAAGGAAAGAUGCCUAAUGAUGCUCAUCUUUUAAGAUUUCUCAGAGCACGAGACUUCAAUUUAGACAAGGUGUAUGAGAUGCUGUGUGAGUCUCUGGCGUGGCGACGCCAUCACAAUAUAGACAACAUAAGGGAGAUAUGGCAGCCUCCUGAACCUCUCUUGAGCUACUACAGUGGAGGAUGGCAUAACAGAGAUAAAGAGGGGCGCCCAUUGUACAUACUCCGGCUAGGGUCCAUGGACGUGAAAGGUCUCCUUAAAGCUGUUGGUGAAGAUGGCUUUCUUAAACAUGUUGUCUCAAUUAAUGAAGAAGGACUAAGAAUGACUGAAGAACUGACAAAACAAACAGGGCAUCCAAUCAGCUCAUGGACGUGUGUUUGUGAUUUGGAAGGCUUAAGCAUGAGGCAUCUUUGGAGACCUGGGAUCAAAGCCUUAUUGAAGGUGAUUGAGGUUGUUGAAUGUAACUACCCUGAGACAAUGGGCAGACUGCUGAUUGUACGUGCACCCAGGAUAUUUGGUGUUUUGUGGACACUGGUCAGUCCUUUCAUUGAUGAAAACACAAGGAACAAGUUCCUCAUUUAUGGAGGAAAUGACUACCAGGGCCCUGGUGGUUUGACUGACUACAUUGCAGCAGAAUACAUCCCAGACUUUCUUGGUGGACCCUAUGAGUGCCAAAUUAAGGAGGGGGGACUUGUCCCAAAGACUCUAUACAGAUCUCUGGAGUUCAGUGAAGGAGAGGAAUCUUGGAGCAGUGAAAUCUACCAAACAACACAUGUUAGCAAGGGCUCACCUCAUGAAGUCCUAGUAACAAUCAAAGAAUCUCAGGCAGUGAUCACGUGGGAUUUUGAUGUCAUGAAAGGAGAUAUCCAGUUUACAGUGUUUCGUCACAAGCGGCCUCGGGAGGCAGUCAGUACCACAAGCUUAUCAAGUUUUGGAAGUGAUGCAUCUCUUAACCAGUCUGGAGUGAUUGCUGGUGUAGAUGCAGUGGUAGUUGAAAAGCCAAGGCAUUGUUAUGAUGGUGAAUCUAUACAGGGAACCCAUGUUUGUUCCAUUCCUGGAGUGUAUGUUCUUCAGUGGAAGUACAAAUCUGGAGCACCAACAGGCCAGGCUCAUGGGCGUCAUACCAGAGCUAAAGUCAUGUACUAUCAUGAAGUACUUCCCUCUCGAGAUUUUAGGGGAUCAUUAUCAAGUCUGGAGUCUUGCCACAGUGGUUUCUCUCAGCUUAGCAUUUCAACUUCAACAAGUCACUCUUCAGGUGUAAGCACUGCUUCACACCCAUCCAGAUAGCAACUACAGUCAGGAGGGGCUCAGACACCAAGCACAACCAAAUCACACGUAACCGAAAAAAGUAGCAAAGAAUGAUAUUAUUACAAUGCUUCUUACUGCUCUUAAACAUACACAUGGGAAAAAUUGCAAACUGCAGAAAUUUAAUUUGGUACACAAUUCUAGAAGUCAGUCAAUGGUAGGCACGUGAGGGAGAACCUUUACAACAAGGCAAUAUCUUUUUUUUUCUCUGAUAAGUAAUGUGAAUUUAUUUUAGAACUUUUUAGUUCACAUCAUUUGAAAACUGACAGGCCUCUCUUUCUUAACCCUUUAACUCCCAGAUUGUUAAUUCUCCCCUUCAGCUUCUGCACAUUCCCUUGUAAAUAUUUGAGAGAAUUUGGUGUUAGAUCAAGAUAACAACUUAUGCCUGUUAAGUUUGAGUAUUCUCAUCACCUGUUUGCUGGAUAAUGUAUGGAUAUAAUAGGGAGAAGUUAUAUACUUGUCGCCUCUGGGAUUUAAAGGGUUAAGUGCUACCAGUAUUGUCAUUCCCCAACAUAGUUCAAGUCACAGAGCUAGAAAUUUUGGAUUUAGUGAAAGGGAUGACAUACUUGUUUCACAAACAAUCUUAAAAAAAUAAUUGUUUUUAAAUCUCAACAAAGUUUCAUCUCUGUGGGACAUAAGAAUUUUUGUGGAGGAUGCAAAGAUUCCAUUACAGGUGACUUAGAUUGUUUAGUGAUCUGUGGUGUGUCUUUGUUUAGCUAAACAAAAUAGUUCAUUCCUGUCAAUUUUCUACUUUUUAAGUUCUAUGUCAUGCUUCAAUUAUUCUGGUAAUAGUGAAAGCAGAUGCCAUUUUUGUCUGCUGGCAGACAUCAUUAUCGGUCAUUUGUCAAUAUUACCAGCUGUAAAAUAUUACCACCAAAAAUUAAUGUCAGAAGUUGUGGGAUACCAGAGAAUCUGAAUUGCUACAUGCCUGUAGCACAGAAAUUUCUGCCAUCUCACUUUGCACUGGUUAAGACUAUGCAGACACAAUCUCAAUUUGCCCAACAUGUAUAUAACUCUUUUUUUAAUAUUGUCAAUGUGUUAUACGUUGCAACACCUAAAGAACUGAACAUUUCAGUUUCCUCUGCUGCCUGAUUUUUACUGGCUAGCUUAUUUUGCAAAGGUUAUGUUCUUACUAUUCCCAUGAAACAAGUUAAAUUUCCAUUUGCACUAUUUAUUAAAAGUAAAUAACCAU